AUGCCAAUCGAAUGGUUAAGCUUGUCAGAGCUCUCAAUUUUUCGUGGUACAAAAACUCCCCUCCGCGGUCAAACCCAAAACGGAAUGGCACCGCCGCCUCGCCUCCUCCCUCUCCUCCUCGGUCGCCUCCUCGUCUCCGGCGACCUCCUCCGCAACACCGCCCAUCUCCGCCGCAUCGUGCCCCUACUCCCUUCCCACCCCCACCUCGCCGCCUCCCUCUCCAGCCUCUACUUCCCGCUCUUCCCCUCCUCAUGCAUCUUCCUCCACAACCUGCUCAUCCGAGCCUCCGCAACCUCCCCGUCUCCCCGCCUCGCCUUCGCCGCCUUCUCCUCCAUUCUCCGCUCUGGCGAUAUUCCCGACCGAUUCACCUUCCCUUCCCUCCUCAAGUCGGCGUCCAGGCUCGCUUCUUUCCCGCGCACGGGCGCGCAGGUGCACGCACAGGCCGUCCGGCGCGGCUUCUUGAUCGACGUCUUUGUCGUCAAUGCGCUCCUCGCGAUGUACGCCGCCUUCCGGGACACGGGCUCCAUGCGGGAGGUGUUCGAUUCGUGCGCAGGGGUCACCGACGUGGUGUCUUGGAACACAGUGCUCGGCGGCUAUGUGAAGUGCGGGGACAUCAGGAACGCCCAGAUGGUGUUCGAGGAAAUGCCGCAGAGGAAUGGGGUGUCCUGGAGCGCGAUGGUUGGGGCAUACGCCGGUUCUGGCGAGUUGGAUGUGGCCAGGGAAAUGUUCGAUGAGAUGCCGGCCAUUGGGAGGAACAUUGUGACAUGGAACUCGAUGAUUACAGGAUUCGCGCGGCAUGGGCUACUGCCACUGGCUAGGAAGAUGUUUGAUGAGAUGCCGGUACGGAAUCUGGUAUCGUGGAACACAAUGAUGCGGGGGUAUGCAGUGAACGGUGAGAUGGAUGGUGCACGGAAGCUGUUUGAUGUGAUGCGGGAGAAAGAUGUGGUUUCCUGGACGUGCAUGAUUUCUGGGUAUGCACAGGCUGGACGCUACGUGGAAACCCUUGAGCUGUUCAGGGAAAUGCAGAGCGAGAGCAGUGGCCGUCCUAAUGAGGUGACCAUGGUGAGCGUGCUCUCAGCAUGUGCACAUUUAACAGCUCUGGAAGAAGGGAGGUGGGCUCACACUUACAUUGACAAGCACAAGAUGGUGCUCGACAAUGAGUUCAAUCUCGGUGCUGCCCUCAUUGACAUGUAUGCCAAGUGUGGGAAAACUGACAUGGCUGUCAAAAUCUUCCACUCCUUGGACCAGAAGAAUAUCUCCACCUGGAAUGCACUCAUCACUGGGUUGGCAGUGAAUGGUGAUGUUCAGGAUUGCAUCGGUUUGUUUGAGCAGAUGAAGAGGUCAGGAGAGAAACCGAAUGACAUAACGUUCGUUGGUGUGCUGACUGCUUGUGCCCACAGCGGGCUGGUGGAUGAGGGUCGACGAUGCUUUCAGAGCAUGUCAUCUUGCGGAGUGCAGCCAGAGGCAAAGCAUUAUGGCUGCAUGGUUGACAUGCUAGGCCGAGCAGGGCUUCUUGAAGAGGCAGAGGAGCUGAUAAGGAGCAUGCCGAUGGCCCCAGAUGUCAUGAUUUUGGGCGCACUACUAGGUGCCUGUCGAAUGCACAAGAGAUUUGAUGUGGCUGAAAGAGUCCAGAGUGAAAUUAUUGGUCUCAACACACGGCAGGCUGGCUGCCAUGUCUUGAUAUCAGACAUUUAUGCUGCUGCUGGCAAAUGGGGAGAGGCUUUAGAUGCAAGGCGUGUUCUUCAGAAGUGCACAAUCAGGAAAUUGCCAGGAUCAUCCAGCUCGAUGCGAUAG